AUGUUUGCUUCAGUGAGGAAUAAUUUUAAAUCAAUUAUUUUUAAUCCAAAUACAAGUAAAAAUUUUGAGAUUAUUUGUAAAAGAACCUAUCCAGCUAGGGGUACUAAACCAUUACCACAGUAUUUAUGGGAUGAAGAACAUCUUAAAAAAAUAACAAAUGGAGAAUAUACACAUAAACCUUUACGUGUCAAUAGAUUAGGUGGUAGAAAUCCAGAGACAGGAAGAAAAGUAAAUCAACAUAUUGGAGGUGGAACUAAAUUUGAUUAUUUUAUGAUAGAUUUUCAUCGUCGUGGUCCAACAACACCUAAUGAUGUUUAUGAAGAAAGAGUUCUUGAAGUUCGUAGAGACCCAAAUAGGAGUUGUUAUAUUGCUCUUGUUGCAGGUAAAAAUGGAAAAAGAUGGAUUUUAGCAACAGAAAAUAUGAGAGCAGGCCAAUUAAUAACAACUUCCUGUUAUAUACCACCUCAUCCAAUUGUUGGAGUAGAAGGUUGUGCUUAUCCACUUGGAGCAUUAGCUCCUGGUUCAAUUGUUAAUUGUGUUGAGAGAUUCCCUAAUUUAGAAUCUAAUACCGAAAAAGAUGUUUUUAUUAAGAUUGCUGGUAGUUCUGGACAAGUAGUUAGAACUCAGGGUGAAUUUGUUAUUGUUAAAUUACCUCAUAAACAUGAAUUUGCUCUUCAUAAAACAUGUAUGGCUACUAUUGGUAAACUAUCAAAUAGUGAAUUUCAUAAUCUUAUAUAUGGUUCAGCACAAAUGCAUAGGCGUUUUGGAUAUAAGAUGGCUUCUGGAUUAUAUCACAAAAAGGAUGGUUAUUCUGGUAGAAAAAUUAGAGCAUUACCUGCAGUUAGAACUCUUGAUAAACCUGAUGAGGCACCAAAUGAAAAGUAUAACUUUACUUUGACUAAAAGACAAUUAAGUGGUCUUUUUGGUGUAGCCAAUUCUCAUUCUUUAAUUACUAGUUUCCAUACUUAUAGAUACCCUAAAAAUUAUUAA